UUCGGAGGUGUAAGGUGAUAACGUGAACGAACGUUUCCCGCGAUACAGAUACGUAGAGAGUUGGCAGUGAAUGUAACAGCGGAUCAAGCGGGAUUAAUUAUAAUUUGUGUGCUGUGUGUAAACCCCGUAUAAUCAGCUACGGUACGGUAGAGGAGGUGAAAAAUAGCCCUUAAGUAGCAGACGCCAAACACGUCUCCGCCCGUGGGCAAGGUCAGGCUCCGAAUAGGAGUACACUUGCAAAAUCCUCCGAUGGGCAGGACAAUGCCGAUGCACGGAUGCAUUAAAUACGAUACGAUCCCCAAACCAACGAAAUACGAGAGUCUCCCAAUGAAAACGAUAGCUUGUGGGAUAGCUGGGAAUGGAAGCACUUGGAAUAGGUAUAAAAGGUCAGAAACAGAGACCUAAGGACAGAUCCCAUCACUUUCUCGCUAUCAUCCGAAGAAGGUAACACCGUGUUAAGGAGAAGACCAAGGAACAGUCGCCUCAACUACUGCUGCUGCAUGCGGCACUCGAGUCGGACUGUCGACAGUGAAAUAAAUAAUCUCGAAGGAGAAGCCACAAUUUCUGCUGAUCAACGCGUAUCCCAUCUGGCCCCACUGAAGCUCUCCAGUUCCCUGCCUGCCACACCUCAGCUGGGAGAGCGAGGAGUGCGUGGACGUGGCUACAAGAAGUUGUCAUGGAAUGAGGAGCUGCCCCGACAACAUCGAACAUCAACAAUGAUCACUCAUGGGCAGGAGUCCAGGGCCAGGCCACAGCUCUCCUAUCAGCAACUUAGCAACAACAACAACAAUGAGAAGGAGUACGAUCCCAUUGCCAAAUACUUUGACCAAACGCCGAAGCCGAAACAGAAGCAGCAUCCGCAGCAACAGCUGCAAGAGCAAAAGCUGUUGCCGCCGAAAAGCUCACGGAUUUUGUGCGAGAAUUGCUGCGGGGAGAGGCAUCAACAAGUUGGCAGCGCCACGGAUCGUCUGCCGCUGCCCCAGGGUCUGCCGUUGGGGGACUGCGAUUCAGUGUCCGAUUUGUCGUCGUUCCGCUUUGUCUUCCACGGGGAGGAGGUAGAUUCCAAAAGGCGCGUAUUAGUCGAUGCUCAUAGUCGUAAUGAUGAUGAUUAUUAUAAUGAUGAUGUUGAUGCCGUUGACGGUGACGAUGACGCUGCGCGUCGGCCGGUUAUAGAAAUAGAAAAUCGGGAGCCAAAUACAUCAGCUACAAAAACGGAAAAGUCAACACCAGCAACAGCAACAGCAACAAUAACAGCAGCGGGAGACGCGUCAUCUGAAAUCAGCGACGAGUCAGCGGCAAUUUGUUGUUAUACAAUUGACAAAAAACCGUCACAAGAGCAGCAGCAGCAGCAACUACAGCUUCUUGGACCCUACCCGGCACUGCAGCACUACAACUCCUCGGCGACAGUUAGCUAUCGGAACUAUCAGCAGCCAGAGCCAAGGUGUCCUCCGCCUGUACCGCCCAAGCCACGCGUCUGCCUGGACUCGACGAACAGAAGCGAUGAGCCCGCUCUGAAGACCCGCCGCUUAGUCUGUCCAACACGAAUUUAUCCGGCGACUAGGUCGCCACAUGUCAAUUGCUGCAUCCGCAAGGGCUUUCCGCCGUACGACUUCGAGGGGAACAACAACAACUACAACUGUAAGUUCGGUUCGAGUGGGGGUCCUCCGCGAUCGCUAGUCUACGAUCGCCACGGACGUCUGACCUUCGACUCGGAACCGGAAGUGGAAGUGGCCAUAGAGCAGAGCCGCCAACGGGCGAACGGUGUGCGCCAAAAGUCGCUAAGUGAAUCUCGAUUGCCUAGGACAGGAGAGCAUCCCAACCUACAGCAGUACAGAGAACUCCAAGUUGUCUCCGAUCCGUAUCCAGAUCUCUCGGGACUGACUACUGAACAAAGUUUGCAUAAUCGAGGAUGCAGUGCCAGAACUCAACCAGUGAAUCCAGCGAACACAUCAACCUCGGAACAGAACCACAAUCCAAACGAAAUCAAAUUCAAGUCGAAUAAUCUACUCCUUCCCUGCAAUUGUAAUCCCCAUGUGGAUUAUCUGUGCUCUUCUUUCAACACGGAGAACAGGCACACAAUGGAGAAACGACGUAAUACCCUAGACCGGAUACAGCGCCUGGGAUUCGGUCGCAAAUCCUCCCCAUCUGCCAUCGCCGCAGCAGCAGGGCCGGAGAAGCAGUGCAAGACUUCAGAGCGUUCCGAGCGCCUCAAGGAACUGACGGAGCUGCUAAGAGGCACAGGGGGAAGCAGCUCCAGAGCCUCCUCCACGCCCACACCGCCGCCGCCACCACCGCCAGUGCCGCCACCGCGAAAACCGCGUGGCACCUACCUGGAGCGCCAGGACACGGGUGCCAGUCAGACAUCUGAAAGCAGCAGCGAUGCCAACGCAAGGGGCGGCAGUAUCAGCACUGCCGCCCGCCUCUUUGCCUCACUCAAACCCAACACAAGUCUCUCCAACCUGGAGGCCUUCAUGUUAAGCAACCGUGAGAAGUCCAAAUCUCCGCCUCCAUCGACGCAGCAGCAGAAGCAGCAGCAGCAGCGUCAUACUCAGCAGCAGCCGCAGCAGCGACCUGUCGGGAGAUGCGUAGAUGCUUCAACGCGAAGCAGUAGCGAGAGUACGCCGCAAGCAUCGAGACCGGAGCCGCGGACCAUGAUCGGUUCGUAUGCACCAAAGGGAAUUCCGUUUCGCUCCGUUUCGUUCUCGCAAAUCGACUGCAAGUCCACGCUAAGCGCCCUGAGGGAUCGCCUGAGGCGUGACAAGGCCAUCGAAGAGCCCAGCCCCAGUCCAACGCAUUCCAGGGAGAGGGAGGAGUCGGCUCCAGACACGGGUCCGGGUUGGGUGCACAUUCCUCUAAAGAAGACAGAGCUGAGCAUCAACCUAAAUUACGGACAGGAGAAGUCACUGGACCACGACUCCAUCCAGGAGGAGGACAUUUUUAGCACAGAGGUCUCUGGCAGCAGUUCGGGGAUACUGUUCCCAGCACCGGCCACCGCCAGCAGCGUGAUAGCCGCCCAUGCCACCAUGGAAUCCCUGACGGACACUAUUCAGUCGGAGAGCGACUGCCUCAUCAGAGAGGAGAUCGUGCCCAUCAUUGUGCAGCCUCUGGAGGUCACGCCUCCCCCCUCCACAGGCGGAAGUGCCCCCAAUCUGGCCACGCUGAUGGAGGAGCAGCUGCCACUAGAGUCUCCGCCAGACAACUUCCUGCAGACGGCCACUACAUGCGAGAUCCCCGUGCCCGUGUACGAGUGCGCUGCACAGGAGUGGCUGGAGACGCCCGCCCAGGAGUGGGUGGAAGUGGUCCCGGAGACCAUUCUGCCCCCAAUUUCGCACGCGGCGUGCAAGGUGUCACAGACAGAGUCUACGCUUACCACCGCCGUAAGGAGCGACCUGGUCCCUACCAUAUCGGUGAGCCGCUCCUCGGAAGAGGGCGAUGGAGUUGCCAGAAUAGACGAUGCCCCUCAAGUAGAGCUUGCGACGACUGCCAGGAAUCCCACGCAAGAGCAGCCACAGCACUGCAAGCAGUACAGCCACGAAGACCUGGAUCUGUCCAGCCCUGAACUGCGCAGCUCACUGGAGACCGUAGCCACUCCCCGGCACAGCACGGACGAGCGUCAGAGGCGGCAUUUGGAUAACUCCACCAAGCGGAAGGGCAUGUAUAUCGACAACGCCGACUGGCAGGCACCGCCAGAGGCAGUCACCCAUCGCGGAUUAGCAUUAGACAUCAGUGUGACCAACCUCAAUGCCAUUAAGCCCGAAUCGCCGGACGCCCACUCCUCGCAAAUCUACAUCAGCAGCCCCAUCAGCUCCUAUUCCUUCGAACUAAACACGCCCGAGCUGGAGAAGAGUGCCCCAUACUGGGGCAGCGGGUCGCGCGACAAAUCGCAAUUGCUAAGCAACUUUAGCUGCCAUAGUAGCGAGGAGAAGGACGACGCCUCCAGCAAGAGUCUCAGCUUCCUACGCAACGAUUCCAUCUCCGACAAUGAGUGCGACCGCAUAGCCAGGGAUCGCAUCACUUCCAGUCCCACUCCCUCCUCCGGUGACUACGACUACAAGCGAUUCUCGAAGCGCCCUCUGCGCGGACCCUACGGCCAAAUGCUCGAAGCGGAGAUGAAGAAGCCCAACCGGAUGCACUUUGAGGAGAUCCUCGAGGAGCUGCGUGAAACAGACAGCUUGCAUCUGCGAGGAGCUGCUGGUGUUUCUGGCCCCGUUGGUGUGUCGAGUGGUUCCUCCCGCCCCAAUAUGCCGCAGUAUUCCAACUCGAUGCGGGUGCGAAAGACGAGCACGUAUCUUCCAGUGCCCUCGCAUGCCCGGGCCGCGUCCACCCCUUCGCAGCUGGAACACACCAGCAAGGGAAUUGCCUCCGCUGCCCCAAUCUCCGUAUCCGCCAAGAACCUAGGGGAAGCGGAGUUGGUGCACCACAUGAAGCGAGCCGCGUCCGAGGCGCCGGCCCCUAAGACGCACCACAGCAAGCGUAGCCAGUCCAUGAGUACGGAGCGGCCCAGCCAGCAUCAACAUCACGGCCACGGUCACAGUCACGGUCACGGACAUAGUCAUCAUCAUACGGCCAAAAGACCCCUGGAUGCCAAUUCCAGUGGCAAAACAAAGACGGCUCCUGCUGCGGCGGGUCCAACGCUGGACUUGAAGCCAACGCCAGCUCUGCUGGCGGAACUUUUAAAAGGCUCCAGCGAAAAUAUGCUAUCCGAGCAGCGCCAGAAAACAAUUGCGGACACACGCACGUAUGUUGUCCAAGAGAUCUACCGGAACGAGCAGUCCUAUGUGGAGUCCCUGCAGACUGUUGUUCUUAAAUAUCUAAAAGUGCUCAAGGCACCCGAACACGCGGGCAUGAUUGACACCCGCACCGUGGACGAGAUAUUUUUUAUGGUCCCGGACAUCCUCGAGAUACACGAAAAGUUCUUGGGAGAUCUAAAGCACCGCUUGGAUGACUGGGAUGUUCAGCAGAAAGUGGGCGAUGCCUUCAUGGAUACGUUCUCAAAGCUGGAGGUUCUUGAGGUCUACACAUCCUUUGUGAACAACUGCAAUCGUGCCAAGAAUGCCAUACGUUCGAUGAAACACCAGCGACCAUCGUUUGCUAAGUUCCUGGAGUCCACCUCUCGGGAGCACAAGGGAAAACUCACCCUCGACAACCUGCUGAUCAAACCAGUACAAAAGUUUCCCAAUUACGAGCUUCUGUUCCAGCGGCUGAUCAAGCACACGGAUCACGAUCAUCCCGAUCAGAAGCACCUGCAGGACGUUCUAAAGCUGGUACACGACAUUCUAGUGCACAUCAACUGCAAGGAGCGAGAGAUCAUGGAGAACGGGCAGCGAGAGGCGACUCUGCGCGAGCUGGAGGGCGUGAUCGAGGGCAUUACCGAUCUGACAGCGCCUGAGCGGCAGUUCCUUCUGUUCGAUCUCGUGUCGAUGCCCUCGGGUGCGGGGGCACGCAAGGAUCGGGGCUUUUUUCUGUUUAACGACCUGCUCGUCCUUACAAGCAUCAAGAAACGAAGCGGCACCAUCCGCAAGCCCAGCAGCAGCAUCUGCCCGGGCACCGUUGCUACCACGCUGGAGACCAACAAGUACAAGUGUCUCACCAAAAUCUCGCUGGACUGUCUGGAGAUUGUUAAGCCCAAGGACGAGAACAUCAAGCGCAUCGUCAGUGAAAUUGAGAGCCUGGCCGACGACUGCGGCAAGCUACAGCAGAUCAGCGACAUUACCGCCUCCUUGAGGUACCCACACCAGUAUCUGGAGGACGUCAUCCGAGAGCUCCAUCGCGAUGUCCAGCGGCAGCUCUCCGAGCGCCAGACGAACGACACCCAGCUCAACAUGCUGGAACUGACAGUCAGUUCACCAAAUGGCAACCAGAAGUUGACGGUGGUCUUCACCAAGACGGAGAAACGCACGGCUUGGGAGGAGACCUUCAACGAGGCCAAGCAGAAGCUGGCUGCCACUUUGGAGCGACAUCCCAUACCCGAGUUCCUUACCUCCAUACCAAUACGGAAGACCCGCGCCGGCCUACAGUUCACCUGUGCGGCGGCCACACUGAGCGAGAACCGGGAUGUGUGGGUGUGCAACAGCGACGGCUAUGUGGGCCAGGUGUGCAUCAUGUCGCUGCAUCCAGAGCCGAAUGUUACCAGCUGCAAUGGCGUCUGCAAUGCACGCAUCUUGUGCGUGGCCUCUGUGCCGGCAUACAGCUCCUCUUCCUCGAGUCGCAACAGCAGUGGGGAGCAGCCCGGCGGAGCCGUUCCCGGUAGCCAGGAGGAUAAGGAUAAGCCGCGGAACAGCUCCCAGCAGCCGCAACCCAGUCAGAGUUACACACAGCAGCUGCGCGACUACCGCAAGAGCAUCUCCCCCAGCUUUCAGACUGGCUCCUCGGCAACGGCCACGCCCGAGAAGAAAAAGACACCAACGCCCACGCCAGUGGCUGGCGACGGUGUCCCGGUGGCUGCCAACAGCAGUGAUACUCAGCUGGAGCUGAAUCUGAGCUCCAGCGACGAUGAGACGGAAGCCGCCGCUGCCUCCGCCUCCGCCUCGCUCAACGUUGCCAGCGGCAGCACAGGAGCUGGAUCUGCGGCUAUGGUGGAGCGUGUGCCUAGUCCCGCCCCUUCACUGCAUGCCGGAUAUCAUGGCCAUCAGGACUCGAAUCCUGAGGAGGGCGAGAGCAAUCAAUCAACCAUGUGGAUCGGUACCGAGGACGGCUGCAUCCAUGUCUACAAUAGCACUGACAAUAUUCGAAUUAAGAAGAACCGCAUCAAGAUCGAGCACCAUUCGGCCGUCUAUUCCAUAUUGUACCUUGACAAUCGUGUGUUUGUGUCGUUGGCAAAUGGCGAUAUUUGUGUUUACCUGAGAGAUGGAGCCACCUCAUGGAAUACGUGCUCAUCGCAUUGCCUGUCCAUUGGCACCGUCACCAGUCCUGUGACCAAGUUACUGAAUGUCAACGGCAGGCUUUGGUGCUCCAUUCAGGGCAUCAUCAAGGUCUUAGAUGUGGAGACUCUAACGGUUAUCCAUCAGAUACAAAUAUCAUCGGAUUCGAAGCCGAUUACAAACAUGACAGUCGCAAGCAACUUUGUCUGGAUAUCCAUCCAGAACUCAGCACACAUUAAAUGUUUCCAUUCCAAUACCCACCAGCUAGUCACCGAAGUGAACCUCGCGCCCGCCGUGAACAAGAUGCUUUCCAACUGCGACGAGAUCAUCAGGCAACACAAAGCCGCCUGCUUGCGUGUGACUUCGCUGUUGUGCUGCAAGGAUCUCAUCUGGAUUGGCACUAGUGCGGGCGUCCUCCUGACCAUCCCGGCCCUGGGCUACGAGAAGGGCGCUGUCAAUAUUGCGCCAACAGGCAUUCCCCACGGCCACACCGGCCAUGUGCGGUUCCUCACAUUUGUGGAGACGACCGGUCUGGAGGGGACGACAGGAUCCCGUGAGGCAAGCGGUUCCACCAGCGAUGAGUACUCCAAGCAGGGCUCCAUAAAGCACUCCAAAUCCAAGUCAGAGAACAACAACACAUUGAUCAUUUCCGGUGGCGAUGGCUACGAGGAUUUCCGCAACUCGGGCGCCAACUCCCUCAGUGAGAUCGCCGGACGCGAGGACAGCACCAACCAUUUAUUGAUAUGGCAAAUUUGAAGCAGAAGGCGUAAAAAUCGCUGGAGGCUUUUGCUUUCGCGCUGGAAAAACAAUAACUGAGAUCAAGGAUCAGAAAUCAGUUCCUGGCGCGUAGAGUAGAGUACAUACUGCAGCGGUUUUUAUGACGAUGAGAUUUACAGAGAGAGAUCGAUCUACAGCAGCUGCUAAGCUGAAAAUUAGUAGGGAAAAUUAGGGGACUGAUUGAUGCUCGAACUGUGUAUAUUUGAAACUCAAUACUGAAUGACUAAAUACGUUCAGCCUCUAAUCAAAACAGAGAUUAUGUAUAAUGUAUAAACUAUAAACCCAAUUCCCGUGACUAGCCACAGGACUAGUGCCAAAACUAUAGACGUCUCAUGCCACUUUCAAUGUACAUACAGAUCGCACAGAGCAGGGGCAAGCAUCACAGAUCAAGAAGGAGACACGACACAGCUCCACAGCAAAGUACGAUAGAUAUUUUUGUAUGGCUAAUAUGUACGAGUACUCGUAUCUGUAUAUCCUAUUCAAGAUUUAAGCGUUCGUUCUAAGUUUGUUUGAAUUGAAUACAGGUCUAACGUAAUGUGUAAAGAUAAACAAAUAUACCUUAUAUAUUUAAUGCAAUAAUAAUUUACCUGAAUGUAGAGUGUACGAGAGUUUCGAUCAUCCCUGCCCUGCCCCGAAUCCAAGCGCAUUAAUCGAAUUUAUAAUCUACUUAGAGAACACUCACGGGAAUGUGCCAUGAGCAUGUACCCCGCGGAUAGGCUUGUAAAAAUCGUAGCUCCCUAUUUUACAGAUAUACAUAUACAUACAUAUACAUAUAAUAUUUAAAUAUUAAUAUAUGUAUUGACAAAUGAUAUAAUUAAAUGGCGUUUAUAAAGUUUAUUGUAAAACCUACAUAUGUAUAUUUCAUGCAAGUGAAUUGAAUUGAAUUUUGAAUCUGAAAAUUGCAAAUUUUAACAUACAUACGAGUGAUAUUCAAUAGUUUUUGCUACUCGUAGAGUUUUUUGGGCAUGUACAAAUCAUUACACGCUACGCGCACACACAAAUAUACAGAAACACACCGAUAUACACAUACAUACAUAUUUAUGCAUACUUGUAUAUUUUUCUCAAUAAUUGAAUACUAUUCGUAAGUAAACCCCCAAGAAAUCCAUGCGAAACCCCAAAGCACCCAUCAGUGUAUAAGGGUCGCAUCGCUCAAUGGCCUAAGGUGGCAAAUUGUAUUAAUUUAAGUAUGAAUAUAUUGCUAUGUUAGAUCUGGUUGGUUAUUAUAGCAUAAAUCAUUGUUCAGUGCAGUAUUUCAAGUGUAUGCUAAGCAAUUUCUAUACUACAACCACAACCACAA